CGAGGGGCCGCCGCGGAGGGGCGGCCGCGGGCCAGUCCGAUGCCCGCGCCGCGGCGGCCGGCGACGGGCGCAUGGCUGCGGCGCCUGGCCUUCGCGGUGUUGGCCACGCGCAGGCCCUCAGGCGGCGACCCGUUCGCGGCCGCGGAUGCGGAGCAGGCCCAGAACAUGAGCUGCAAGGGCGGCGAGAGGGGGAUCUGCCGAUGCUUGCUGAGCGACAAGGCCUUGAGUGCCGAUCCGGAUGAGUGCGACGCCGUCAAGGACCCGAUGACGUACGCGGAAGAUACCGUCGUGGCGGCGAUGACCAGGCCCGAUUCGCAGUGCGCCAACAUGAAGCCCGUGGUGGAGUGCUCCAAGAAGCUGGGCUGCCUCAGCCCGUCGGUCAGACAGCGGUGCCUGAAGGUGAAGUCCGAGAACGAGGGCUGCGAGCUGAACUGCCACGAGGAGCCGGGCGAGGCCGACGAGCGCUCGGAGCCCAGGGAGGGCGGCUUCGGCACCAGGCUCACGCUGCUGCUCCUGUCGUGCCUGCUCCCCACCGCGGUCAUCGCCACGUGUACAAAGGCGCCCUCGCUGCCCGGCUUCUGUGCCAGCCUGGUGCAGGACGGCAACUCGCACUGGUGAGGUGCCCGCGCGCGCGCGGGGGGGCUGCCAGAGAGGCGAAGCACCAUGGGACAGCAAGGGCCCGGAUCUCAGGGCAACGCCCGGAUCUCGGGGGGGGGGAGGCGUCCUCGCCGUGCGCCCCAGAGGGGGCCGCGCCUUCGCCCCCGCCCGGCGCGCGACGGCGCCGCGCCGGCGCGCCGGCCAGGGCCGUGCCCGCGCGGCGCGGGGGCCCG